AUGAUUGUCUCUAAAUUGUUGACUCUUGAAGUCAAUAACAAAGUUUGUUGUAUUUCGUUAAUAUCCUACCUUACUGCGAUGUUGACUUGCAUCAACAUAUAUUUUCUCCUUGCUUUAAUGGUGAGCAUCGUGUCAUUCAUCCAUCUUACUCUUGCGGAAGAAAAUAUUCAACGGGGUACGCAAGUGCGUCGAGAAUUGGCCACCAAUGCUAACUGCAUAAUUUCAUUCUUAAAUAACCAAAUUGUACUACUUGUAGUUGUGGGCUUUGCUUUCGCCUACACUAGACCUGCAGUUUGUCAUGUCAACAGCAUAUCCAAAAUUGCAGAUAAUAAUGCAAGAGUAAAUGUGCAUGCACAAUAUCGCAACAUUCCAAUCGUUUGCCAAACUCUGAAAUGCAGUGUAAGUCUAGAGAAUGACACGCCCUAUCGAAAGACCAACCAAAAUCUUACAGUAAUGAAAAUUCAACAGACCACAGAGAUCAAUUUAAUCUAG